CGGCAGGAGUGCGCCGCGAGAUGGCGCCCUGACGCCGCGCCAUGGGCGACGCUCCGCCCCUCAACCUGCCCUACGCCGUGUGCGAGGCGCUGGUCGCAGCCUGCGCCGUGGUCGGGAACGCGCUGGUGAUCGCCGUGUUCCGUCGCGAUCGGCGGCUGCGACGCCGCACCAACUACUACAUCGUGUCGCUCGCCGUGGCCGACCUGCUGGUGGGACUCAUAGGCAUCCCCGCCGCCGUGUUGGCCAGCGUGGGGCUGCCACGAGACCUGCACCUCUGCCUCUUCACCGUGUCUCUGCUGGUGGUGCUGUGCACCAUCUCCAUCUUCUGUCUGGUGGCCGUGAGCGUGGACCGCUACUGGGCCAUCCUGCACCCCAUGGGCUACUCGCGCAAUGUGCGGACCAAGACUGCCAUAGGCAUCAUCGGGCUGUGCUGGGCCAGCGGCACCUUGGUGGGCUUCCUGCCGCUCCUGGGCUGGCACGCCGACAAGCCGCACGACUCGCAGUGCCUCUUCACCCAGGUCAUGGACUACAACUACCUCGUGUUCCUGUACUUCGCCACCAUCAUCUUCCCGGCGCUGCUGCUCGCCGCCUUCUACGCCCACAUCUACCGGGUCGUGCUCAAGCAGCUGCGGCAGAUCGUGACCAUGAACCCCGACGACGGGCCCUGCUUCUCUCGCCAUGUGGGAGGCGCGGGAACCAUGCUGCGCGUGCUGGGUGCGGCACGCAAGAGGGAGGUGAAGGCUACCCAGAAUCUCUCCAUCAUCGUGCUGUUCUUCAUCAUCUGCUGGGUGCCGCUCUACACCAUCAACUUCAUCCAGGCCCUGUGCCGCUCCUGUCACGUGGACGAGACCGUCACCAACAUGGGCAUCAUCCUGUCGCACCUCAACUCGGCCGGCAACCCGCUGCUGUACGCCUACCACCUGCGCGACUUCCGCGCGGCGCUCAAGCACUUCCUGUGCGGCCUGCUGGGCCACGAGGCAGCGGAGGAGGGCGUACCGGGCGCCCGGCCAGGGCUCGGCUCGCAGUCGGCGCUCCCGCAGCGCAUGUCGCGCCACGGCAGCACGCAGUCCCUCAGCACCAUCUUGUCGCGCCAGAGGCACAGCCUGGCGGGCGACAAGUUCCGGCACGCCUGCAGCGACUCCAGCAUAACGCCCCCCGCGACACUCAACGGCGUGUGCAAGGCGGCCACGCUGCCCCUGGCAGGCGGCGUCAUGUGGACGCUGGCGGAGGUGUCCUCGGGGCUGGAGGAGGCCGACGGCGUGCGGCGGAGGACGGUGUCCGCGGACGGCGACAGUGGCGCCAUCAACUGCGCGUACGUGGGAGACGUGGCACGGUGCAUGGACGGCAGUGGUUCGGUGACUGGAGACGACGUGUUCGAGGGACCUCCGCCGACCACGGCGAAGCCCCAGCUCUCUGUGGGCGACGACGGCGACCAGGCUUGCAGCACCAGCGGCGUAAAGCUGUCGCCACUGAAGCUGGUGGGAGAGUUCUUGAGUGGUAUGACCGGGGAGUCGUCCAGCACAGGCUCCAACACCAGCCUCAUAUGUGAGGGCGAGCAGCUAGCAGUGGGCAAGCAUCCCUCCAACACACACUAGCACGGCGACGUCCCCAGCAUCUGUUCCUGUGCGUUCUCACUUCCUCAGUCAUACCAAACUGUGUUCCUGCACUCAUCACGUCACUAUGCCAAACAAAUGGCAGCUCUACUAGAUUAUGUCUCACAGCGUUGUGUGCAUUGUAACAACUGACAUCUUUCUCGGUUCUUUUCAUUUUAAAUGUAAUGUGAAAGUUUCAUUUUUUUUGUUGAAUCCUGAUAUUUUUAUUUAAAUUACUUACAGCUUGUUUUCAUUAUUCCUUUACUCUCUUAGCCACAUCAAUCGGUGUAAUAAUACCAGCUUAAUUUAAUGAUAUACUGAAACAAAUUUUAUGCAGCACUUGCUUAGAUUAAAAAUAAUAUAUAAAGAUUAUCACUUUCAAUAAGAUUAUUUUGUGCUUGAGAAAAAAAAAUGUACCUUUAUCGGCUUUAAUGUAGGUACAUCUUAUUUACUUGUUUUUGAAAAACAACUGCAGUAUAAUUAAAAUAGCAGUACAUAACAGCCAUCCCAUUGCACACAAAUAUCAAAUUUUUUUUACUGCAUGGUGACUACAUAUUUGAGUUAGGCCUAUUGCAUUUAAUUCACACAAUUACACCAUCUUACUUACAGUAAAUAUCCACAAAGGGUAAUUUUUGCUUGUAAUACGUACAGUAUAUGUUUUGUCUAGAGACGUACAAGACUGUAAAAUCCAGAUAAAAACGAUACAAUUAAUGCUGAUGCACUCGCAAACAACUUGAUUGGCAGCAAGCACGAUAGCACAACUUACCGCCAUGAUGGUCCAACAACAACUGUUGUUUCGUUGCCCGAAUCUGCAGGGCUACCUGCCUUGGCAGGCAGCCAACUUGAAAAACUUGGCGCUGCUAGCAAGCAGCGCGGGAAGUUCAAAAUUCAAAUGUUUCAAACACUAUACACUAAAUUACACCCAAUAUUUACAAGUCCAAACAUUACCGCCGGCCUUGAAAUGUCCCAUUUGAACAAUCGUACGGUAGCGGGCAGAGCUUCCCCACAGGACGCUUCAAAGUUCCACUAGAAGUCCGGAUAGUGGCCACUCUGGCAACACCAUCUUUCCCAGGAUAAAGCUCCACGAUGCGCCCCAAGCGCCACUGUAGAGGUGGGAGUCUGUCUUCUUUCAGGAGCACAAGUUGGUUGGCAGUGGGACUAACUCCCUGCUCGUUCCAUUUCUGCCGCUGCUGGAGCGUGUGUAAAUAAUCCCUGUGCCAACGAUGCCAAAAAUCCUGUUGGAGGCAUUCCACAAGUUGCCAACGUUGAAGGCGGUUUAGCCGUACAUCCCUCAAGUUAGGCUCUGGUAAUGUGACCAGUGGCUCCAGGGUUAAGAAAUGGCCAGGGGUUAGAGCACUGAUGUCAUUGGGAUCAGAGCUCAAAGGGCACAGGGGUCUCGAGUUCAACGUAGCUUCCACCUGCACUAGAAGGGUGUAAAGCUCUUCAAAUGUGAGCACUUGUUCACCAAUAACUUUACUUAAGUGAGUCUUGAAUGACUUUACCCCGGCCUCCCACAAACCACCAAAAUGGGGAGCCGCAGGAGGGUUGAAGUGCCACAUCACACCGAGCUGGGACAACACAUCAGUGACAGCCUGCUGGUGUGGUGCCGACGACAGAAGUUGCUGAAGUUCCUUAAGACGAUUGUGAGUUCCGACAAAGUUGGUCCCGCAAUCACUGUAGAUAUCAGAUGUUCUCCCACGCCUGGCAAGAAAACGUUUGUAGGCUCCAAUAAAUGUAUCUGUGGACCGGUCUGAAGCUAUUUCUGCAUGAACGGCCUUUGUCGCGCAGCAGACAAAAAUACAAAGGUAAGCCUUCAAGACCUUUGCCCCACGGACCCGACCAAGCUUAACCAUAAAAGGACCAGCAUAGUCAACUCCUACUUUGGCAAAUGGUUUAACCUGUUGCACUCUCAUAGAGGGAAGAUCGCCCAUGAGAGGUGCGCUUGCUACGGGUAUUUGCUUAAACAUGGAACACAGUGAUGCAAGCAGCGAGAGAUGGCAUCCUUAUCUGAAAGAGUCCAGAAUUGUUCUCUAAGAAUUCCUCUAAGAGUCUGAACUCCAGGAUGAUGAUUCUUUUCAUGAUAAUAGUUAAUAAUGAGAUCAGUCAAAUGGUGAGAUUUUGGAAGCAGCACCGGGUGCUUCUGCUCAAACGGAACACGAGUGAGCUAAACAACCACCUACCCUUAUCAGGCCACUGUCAUCAAGAAAGGGUACUAGUUUGCGAAUCUGAGGGGAAAUGCUUAUAUCCUCUUUGAAAUGAUGUGAUUGUACCCAGAUGAGCCAAAAAUGUAAAGCCUUAUUCAGCUCAUCAGGAGACAUAUUGUCAGUCUUGCGCUCUUUCAGUGACACGCGACAAUUGUGGGCAAACUGCAAUAAACAGCACGUGACACGCAGAACCCUGGUUAGUCGACUGAAUCGCGUUGCCAACUGGCCAAGAUCAUCAGAGGACGUUACAGUGGUCAAGGUGACAGUCUUCUUAUCCAUCACGGCGGGAUCCACUUCCACUGCAUCUGGUGACUGGGAAGGCCACUGUCCAGGUGACUCUAUUAACCACGGUGGACCAGUCCACCACAAGUGAUGAUCCAAUAGUUGAAGAGGGAAGAGACCACGAGAGGCACAGUCAGCAGGAUUGAACUCAGACGGUACGUGUUUCCACCAACUGGGACGGGUAAGCUCUUGGAGUUCGCUUACCCGGUUAGCUACAAAAGCCUUCAACUGAUGAGGAGAUGAGUUAAUCCAUGCUAAAACCACUUGUGAGUCUGUCUAGGCUGUGAUGGAAGAUACGGGCAAAACUUCUUGGUAAGUCUCAAUCACAUGAUUGAGCACACGAGCCAACAGUAGUGCUCCACAAAGCUCCAGACGAGGUAAGGUUUGGCUUUUGACUGGUGCAACCUUGGAUUUACUGAUCAGCAGACGAAUGAUGGUUCGAUCAUCCAGGCACACUAUGCGCAGGUACACCACGGCCGCGUAACCAAUCUCAGAACUAUCACAGAAACCAUGCAGUUGAUAGGUAGAGCCUUCUGGACCCUUAAUGAACCGAGCGACAGCAAUAGAGGACAACCGAGGGAGCUCCUGGCUAAAAUGAUCCCACUGAGAAGCAAGAUCAGGGGGGAGGUGAUCAUCCCAGUCAAUGGACCGGACCCACAUCAAUUGCAAUAGAUGCUUUGCAAACAUUAACAGUGGAGUAAGCCAUCCUAGAGGAUCAAAUAUUCUGGCUACAUUGGCAAGGAUGCUCCUCUUCGUAACAAGACUUGAGUGGCCUCGGAUUACAUAGGAGAAGGUGUCCGAGACUGGGUUCCAUUGAAGUCCUAAGACCUUGACCACAACUUGACUCUCAGGAUCCAGAUCAAAUGAUUGGGGCAUAUCAACAUCUUCAGGCGGAAGCCAGUCUAUGAGAGCUGUAUGGUUGCUCAUGAACUUCCUCAAUUUGAAGCCCCCUUUGGCAAGAAGAGCUCGAAGAUCCUUUUGGAUGGCCAGAGCAGAUUCAAGAGUCAGAACCGGUAACCACAUCAUCAACAUACACAUCGGAUUGCAAAACUCUUGAGGCAACUGGAAAGUGGUCUUUCUCAUCGACCGCCAGUUGUUGAAGAGUUCGAAGGGCCAAGGACGGAGCUGAGGAGACGCCAUAUGUCACCGUCAUCAAUCGAUAAUCCUGCACAGGUUCCGAAUCACAAAAGCGCCAAACAAUGUGUUGGUAGUCCUGGUGCUGGGGCAGAACAGAUAUUUGACAGUACAUUUGUUUAACAUCUGCCGUAAACAAAAAGGCAUGUAGCCGAAAGUUCAACAGUAGGUCAAAAAUGUAUCUUUGCAACUUGGGGCCGAUUAUCAGUGUGUCAUUCAAUGAGACACCAGAUGAGCUUUUAGCAGACCCAUCAAACACUACCUGCAGCUUCGUGGUUGAACUCUCUGGCUUCACGACACAAUGGUGGGGGAUAUAAUAAGCUGGCAUCACAUUAAUCUGAUCAUCAGGAAUCUUUUCCAUGUGACCCGUGGCAAGAUAGUCUUCCAUAAACUCUGAGUACAUUAGUUUGAGCUUUGAGUCACCUUUCAAGCGUCUCUCUAGGCGCAUCAACCUAUUUAUAGCUUGGGGUCUAGAGGUGCCCAACUCAGGUCUCGAGUGGCGAAAUGGCAGGGACACUAUCUCGGCCUUCUUCAUUACGGACGUGAGUUUCGGCAAACAUGGUUUCGCAAGAAACAUCCUCAGGAGACUUGUGUUCUACACGUGGGGAUUCUUCAAUUUCCCAGAACUUUCGUACAACAUCAUCUAAUGGAGGGUAAGAAGUGAACAGUGUGACACAAUGCGAUGCCAGGCAGGAUGGUGGAAGUUUGGUGUCCACCCUUCCCAUGAGAAUCCAUCCCAAAACAGAGUCUAGAGCCACUGGAGACCUUUCAAUCUUGCCUCCAGUUACGAGAAGAGGAAAUAGGUCAGCACCAAAAAGCAGGUCAACAGGACCAGGGGUGUAGAAAGAAGGAUCAGCAAGCUUCAGAUGAGCCACUGAUCGCCGCACAUCCGAUGAGAGUUUGGUACUCUGCAAGUACAAAUACAUCCAGGGCAAACUGAUUAUCUGGAUUGCCCACUGGGGAGAUGACAACUGAUGUGUAGGAUUUAGCCACAUUCACAGGUGUACUGGACAAACCAUGUAUCGGAAGAUGGGCCUGUCUGCGAACCAGCCGGAGCUUUUGUAGGCACUAUUCGGUGAUAAAGCUGGCUUGACUGGCAGUGUCUAGCAAAGGGCGUACAACACAAGGCACACCAGAACGAUCGAAAAUCUGUACUUGAGCAGUUGACAACAAUAUUGUUGUUGUUGAGGUAGGUUUAGCAGCAGUCACUGCAACAGUGGCAGGAUUAGAGUCAGGUGAUGGUGGUUCCUUGUCUGAGUCGGAUGGGAUGGAGUCUUCAUCUGAUCGCUGACCCCCCAAAAUGCAGCAUGGAAUGGUGACGUGCCUUACAAUGAUGACAUGAUGACUUAGAUGGACACCAAUUUGAUCGAUGUGAUGGGGAAAGACAAUUCAGACAUAACUUAUGCUCCUUUACUAUUGCAUAUCGUUCCUUGGGGCUACCCUGCGAGAAGAUAGGGAAUGACCUAACCACAUGAAUGUCACUACACAAGAGACAACUUUGUGACUGUGGAGAACUUACUAAUGUGUUUACAGACUGACCUCGAGACUGCCUCCAACUGUUUCGGUGCCCUUGAGCCGUCUAUUUGGGAACCUGAUUUCCCGAACCCUAGAACGGGAAGCUAUCACAGCCUCAUGAGCACGACAAUGUUUUUCAAGAAACGAAGUGAAACUACUAAGAGUGGGAAACUUCUGUUAAUGUCAUUUCCCAUUGUGUUUGUAAGGCAGUAUCCAAACGUUUGCAUAAAAUGGGCAGCAGCAUCAGAUCCCACUGGUCUACAGGGACAGACAAGGCCUUAAGAGCAGACACAUUCUCUGUAACAGUGUUCAACAGUUGGCGCAAUGCCUUGGGAGAGUCAGCUGAUGCAGAGGGUGCUUGAAGUAAAGCCUCCACAUGGACAGACACAAUGAGCCUCUUGUUCUCGUACCUACCAACAAGUAGUUUCCAAGCCACAUCAAAAUUUACUUCAGACAUGGGCAAGGCCUGAAUCAUGCUGAGGGGUUCACCACUGAGAGCAGUCUUCAGAUAAGCCAGUUUCUCAACAGGUGAAAGGUCACUAUUGUUAGCAACGAAAGUGCAAAAUAGGUUGGAGAAGUUAGGCCAAUGUUUAAUGCUACCCUCAAAACUUGGAAGCGUAAUUUUUGGUGAAGCCACCCUAGAAUUGCUCACCUUGGGCCUUGACGAUGUUGAGCUCUCCAUCGAACACCCAUCCAGGGCACUUACCGUCGCCAUGACUUCAAAAUAUUUAUCUUCGAAAUCGUCCAUACGUGCCGUCAGUUCUGAGAGAUCGAUGUCAGAAUUUUGUGUUGACCCAAGAACCACAAAAUCUGCCUCGAACUUAUCACGGACUUGGGGUAGAUCACGAACUGUGGCCCGAAACAAGCCUUGCUUAGAAGCAUCUUCAACAACACUUUGAGACAGGUCGACGGCACGUUUGAGCUGAGCCUCUGCUAGGCGGAUACGCACGAGUGCCGAGCCUAUAUCUGCCAUGGUCACACACAGAAGCAAAGGACGAAAUAACCACAAAGGCACGACAACAAAUAAAUAAACACAACGACGACCAAUAUAACCAAAGUUAGACACAGCAAAUCAAAAUUUAUAUCCAGCAAAAACAUCUAACGCAAUGAAAAACAUGAGCAGACGGCGAUAAAUAAUACAACAUAACCCCAACACGAGAUAUAUUCCACGGAAACAAAGACUAUAUAACAGUUUCUUAGAUCACAAAAUCUCUGCGAAUUUCUUCUAAAACACGUUGCCGAAGAGAUCUUGACAAUGAAAAUAAUCUAAAUAACGAAAGUAUAGCGCACAAAAUAACAUGGACGAAGUGUGAAUGUUUACCACGUGCACACGAAACACGUUUCAUACAACACCAAAAAAACCGGAACGAUCCGGCCCAGAGGACCAAAUGUUUUGUCUAGAGACCUACAAGACUGUAAAAUCCAGAUAAAAAUGAUACAAUUAAUGCUGAUGCACUCGCAAACAACUCGAUUGGCAGCAAGCGUGCACGAUAGCACAACUUACCGCCGUGAUGGUCCAACAACAACUGUUGCUUCGUUGCCGGAAGCUGCAGGGCUACCUGCCUUGGCAGGCAGCCAACUUGAAAAACUUGGCGCUGCUAGCAAGCAGCGCGGGAAGUUCAAAAUUCAAAUGUUUCAAACACUACACACUAAAUUACACACAAUAUUUACAAGUCCAAACAGUAUAUGAAAUAAGUUUUUAUACGAUGAAACAUAUCAUUUUCCCAUAAGCUUAUGAAAAUGGAUACUGCGUGCCACUCGCCAUAACUUGAAUGCACUCGAUGUCAACACACUUCUGGUGAGAGGAAGCAUUGGUGCCAAAGGACCCAGUAAUGUUUAUGGAAUGUGCGAUAGCGGCGGAGACAGAAGCCACUGAAUCAAAACAGCAGGCCCACCAACAGGCAAGAUAGCGGAGCUUGCAUGCUGCAUGCAUCUACAACACUUCUUGAUUCCCCCAAAGAUUUUGCCAAAGCAGUAAAUUCCAGAAAUCAUAUGUGAUUUCAAUAACUAGUAACUUUUAUUGCUAUUUCCUGACAUUUCCCAUUUUUCUAUAAGAGUUGCAAUCACCUUAUUUCUGAGUGCAAAUCUUUUUUAUCAUCACAAGCAAUCUUUUUUAAAUUUUUUAUUUUUAUUUAUUAACAAAAUCAUUUUCUUCUAAGCAGUACACACAGGUCUUGUAAGGCAUGUUACUCCAUAUCUUCAAAAUAUCACAUUUUUAGUUCUACCCUAAUGUUAUCUCUUAGUUCUAUUUUUAUUACUAUACUAACCAAAUCACACAUAUUAAAAUUACAAAAAUUGUUUCAGUUUAAGUGCAAAAACAUAUUUCUAUAAAUAAGACAAAUAAUCUAUAACUAAUACAAACAACACAAAAAAAAAUAGUGACAUAUAAUAUAACUUUUGUAAUAAUUACUGUAGGGAAUUAUUUGCUAAAAAUAAUAAAACUUGAUAAAAAUAAUAAAACUUUCUAAGAUGUGUUGAUUUUACACAUCACACGAUGCAGGUUCAAACACAACAUACCCCUUUUCAUUCCCAUUAGUGCAUCAGUAAUAGUUGAACCUCUCUUCUAUCCUAUUGCUGGCUGCUCCGGCAUAGUGCGUGAUUGGUCAUACAUGCGACAAUACUUCGUGAUACUCUCCACAGAUAUUGUGAACCAAACACACAUCACAGUUCACAUUUAGGUAACUCUAAGACGAACACUCCCCACAUAUGAAAUGAUAACGCAAAUAAGACAAUAUGCUCCAGCAGCAUGUAACAUGGUAUGUAAUGUGUGAAACACUGAAUGUGACUGAGCACUAAGACUAGGAUUGCAUGGAACAAACUGUUUCCUUUCUUGUGUGACUGAAGAUUGCCAACUGUGAAACAAACUUUUCCCAUGAACAAAUGGCAGUGUCAGCAAGUCAGAACAUUGCCAGCUGGAGAUAUAUAAGCCCCCUUCCCCACCAAGCCAAGAAGUCAAUGAAAAUGACGGUUCAGGUAACUUGUAAGUAUUACGUAGCUCAGUCUAAGUUAUUUUUUUUUACUGUCUAACAUUUACUCACGAAACAGUAGCUGUAGAGUGGGACUGCUUUGGAAGUGUGCACUCAGUUCUGAUCCAACAUCUGGACCACACCCACAGCGAGAAGGAAAAAAACAGCAAUUAGUAUACAGUAAAACCUUUUUGUUGCGACCCCAUUUAUUGCGACCACCUCUCUAUUACAACCCGAUUUCGAGGAACCGUGAAAAAAUUGCCGAAAAUCCGAAGAUAAACAGACAGAAAAUAAGUUUCUUGUGGUGAGUAACGUGUUGCUGCGUUUCUCUUGCCGAGUGCUUCCUGUCGACCGCUGUCAGCGCUUAACAACCCCCAUUCCACGUCCCUUUGUCGGCAGGGUGCAGAUAAAGGUUUUUGUGGCAACGUGUUUACGUUUAGCUUAUUGCGAGUGUCUAGUGUGGUACGCAGUUAAGGCAAAGCUACCUGCUGGAUUUCUCUUGAUUUUGAUUACUAUCGGUUGACAAUACACAGCGACCGACUGGAUGCACGCCCGCCUCGACUUGUUUUAACUGCCGCAGCGAUGUUUAUUUUGACAGCUCAAGCAAUUAAUUUUUCCCGUGGGUUGAUAGAAAAAGGUCGCUUCACCCAGCAUAAAAAAAAAGGCUACGCCACUUAUUCCCCGCGCAGGAAACACACUGGCUGCCGUCUGUCUACCCCGCAUUUAUCUUUCUUCUAACAUUCCACGUUCUCCUCUCGCGCGAGCAAUAACUAGGGCCACG